GUUUCGAUUUCCUUGUGAAGUCCUCUCCAGUGCAGACUGCUGCCGGGCUGGUGUGAAAAGCAGCAGUGGCCACAGAGGUGGUGGAGAGAUGGCCUUCAUCUGCCCCCAGCCUCCCUACCUGAACCCGGUCGUCCCCUUCUCUGGGAUCAUCCAAGGGAGUCUCCAGGAGGGACUUCAGAUCACUGUCAAUGGGGCCGUUUUAGCCUCCAGUGGAACCAGGUUUGCUGUGAACUUUCAGACUGGCCCCAGUGACAAUGACAUUGCCUUCCACUUCAACCCUCGGUUUGAAAGUGGCGGGUAUUUGGUCUGCAACACGAAGCAGAACGGACGCUGGGGGCCAGAGGAGAGGAAGACGCCACUGCCCUUACAGAGGGGGAGUCCCUUUGAGCUCAGCUUCCUGGUGCAGAGCUCCCAUUUCCAGGUGACAGUGAACGGGAGCCUCUUUGUGCAGUACUCACACCGCGUGCCCUUCCACCGCGUGGACACCCUCUCUGUCACCGGCAUUGUGCAGCUGUCCUCCAUCAGCUUCCAGAACACCCGCGCAGCCCCUGUCCAGCCCGCCUUCUCCACGAUGCACUUCUCCCAGGCUGCCCGCUUCCCGCACAAGCCCAAGGGGCGCAAACCACAAAAGGAAAGAGUCAACCACGCCGUGUUGAGCGCCCCUCAACAUAUGUUUCCACAGAAUCCUGCAGUCCCACCUCCGGCAUAUCCCAACCCAGCCUACCCGCUGCCUUUCUUCACCGGCAUCCCUGGUGGGCUGUACCCCUCCAAGAGCAUCAUCGUGUUUGGCACCGUCCUGCCCAGUGCUCAGAGGUUCCACAUCAACCUGCGCUCUGGGAGUGACAUCGCCUUCCACCUGAACCCCCGUUUCGAUGAGAAUGCCGUGGUCCGCAACACGCAGGUCAAUGGCUCUUGGGGGUCUGAGGAGCGAAGGCUGUCAGGAAAAAUGCCCUUCACCCGUGGCCAGAGCUUCUCGGUGUGGAUCCAGUGUGAAGGCCACUGCCUAAGGGUGGCUGUGAAUGGUGGGCACCUGUGUGAAUACCACCACCGCCUGAGGGACCUGCCCGCCAUCAACAACCUGGAGGUGGCGGGUGACAUCCACCUGACCCAUGUGCGGACGUAGGCGGGAUCCCUGCCCUGGGGACAGGGCUGGGGCAUGUUGCUGUCUGGACUGCUCAUCACCUCCACCUUCCCUGUCCCUGCCCCAGCCCUUCCCAGCCUGCCGAGGAUCUCUGCUGGGGAGACCACGUCCUUGUCUGGCCCUGCUGAGGCUGCAGCCAGCCUGGAGUGGCGAGGGCAGCUGGCUGGGACUCCCUUCCUUGCUCGGGGCGGGACCUGGGGCUCCAGCUGCCCAAGUCCUACCAUCCGAGGAGAGGGGUGGUCCGUGCAGGCUGAAGCCCUGUGGUCAGUCCCCUCGGCAGAAAGGGAGGUACUGGGCGUUCCCAAGC